CCGACUUCCUUUCACCUGGCCGGACGAUGCCCUCUCCAGCGGCCUCCUCCAUCGAGCUUCCCAAUAACGUAGCUGCCUCUCCCCGGCAUCCCACACAGCGCGCGGGGCAGCAGAUGAAACCCUCAACGUUGGCCUGGCACAAUUAGCACACCCGCGGUGGUGACCAGGAGGCCAGCCUGAGCUGCCGCCACCCCAAGGUACCGAAGCUCAAAUGGUUCCAAGCCGGGCAUUGGCCGGGCCUGCGCUGCGUUUUCGCCGGUGGGGUUCGCAGCCAUCAGUGGUGACGUCCUCGUUUUCCCCCCCGUCCCAGGCGACCUCACCCUACUACCUUACUACCUAACGUACUAUAACCAACUCGCGGUGGCAUGAUUCGGAACGCCUCUACCCAUCCCAUCCCCCCGUCAAACCGCGCCCAUUGCAUUUCCAAUUGGGCCCCCCCCGACCACUCGACGCUCCGUCUCGCCUGACAAUUGAAUUGAACUCGCAUUCUCGCCGCAGCACCCACCCCGUCACGUCUCCGUUAGUCGUCCACAGCGGAACACAUAUCUCAUCAGCGGCUUCGGUCCGCCCCCACUGCCGCCGCCUCGCCCACAUCGCCCGUCGUCACCACCGGGCUUCAUCCCCGAAACCCCCCCCAGCUUCGUCCGAGAUCCGUUCCUCAAUCACCGCUCCGAUCCGAGCCCGCUCGCCCACCCGCCCACAUUCGCUCACCGCUCCGUCCCGCCGCCCAGCUCGGCGUCCGUGCCAUCACCAGCAGCGCCCACCGUCCCGACGACGUCAUUUGCUGCAGCGACCCUGCUUCAUGCCGUGGCCGCUGCUGUGAUCGUCGCCCGGGAUCCCACCUCGCAGUCUCUCCGAUGCGGAAACCACUGAUGCGCAUUCCCUACACGGACAUUCUCGCGCCACCCACCGUCAUUCCCCCGUCUGCCAGCUCCCUUGAAGGCGCCCUCGUGGCGCUGAAGCACUUCUUUGCCGUUCCGCCUCCUCGGGGCCUUCCGACCUCGACUGUUGUCCUUACCGGCGCCGGGCUGUCCGUUGCCUCCGGUCUUGCCGAUUACAGGGGUCCCAACGGCACGUACAGGGUCAACAAGACGUACCGUCCCAUCUAUCACUACGAGUUUCUCAGCAAUCACGAGGCCCGCAAGAGGUACUGGGCCAGGAGCUUCCUCGGCUGGUCCAGUCUUCACAAGGCCUCGCCCAAUGCCGGCCAUUAUGCAAUCAGGGAUAUGGGAGAAUUGGGCUUGAUUCGCGGUGUUAUUACACAGAAUGUUGAUUCCUUCCACCCAAAGGCCCAUCCUCAAAUACCAACAAUAGAGCUGCACGGCUACCUGAGGGCAACCGUUUGUACCACAUGUCGCAGCGAGUUCUCCCGAGACGAAUUUCAGGAGCAGCUCGCCCGACUCAACCCACGGUGGGCGGACCUUCUCCGGGAGGCUUUGGCGUCGGGUGCCCUCAACACCGAGGACCCCGUGGAGCGGAGGUACCGGGGUCUCAAAUCCAAUCCUGACGGUGACGUCGACCUGCCCGAGGCCCCUUACACCACGUUCAGAUACCCUUCCUGCCCAAAGUGCCUGGAGAAACCGCCGCUCAAACCGGAUGGCCACCGGCACACCGUCCAGGUUGAUACCGAGGGCGCCUGGCAACUUCCCAGCACGGGUGGGAUUCUGAAGCCGGCGGUCGUCAUGUUUGGCGAGAGCAUCGCUAGUAACGUCAAAUCGGCGGCGGAGGAGGCGAUAGACGGCGCGGGCAGGCUGCUUGUGCUUGGCACCUCGCUGGCCACGUACUCGGCGUGGAGACUGGCCAAGCGCGCCAGGGAUCGGGGGAUGCCCAUCGCCAUUGUAAACAUGGGUGGCGUGAGAGGCGAGGAACAGUUCUUCGCUGACCUGGACGCGCAGCAGGCCGGAGAGCAGGGGGUGAGAGUGGAGGAGUCGACAGACCAUCUGCUGCCUGCGUUGGUCUCGGAGCUGCGCAAGGAGCAAGCCGCCGCAACGACCGGGGCAGGCUUCGUUGCUGGAGCGCCUAGAGAACAUGCCUUCAAGGACAUGCUCUCAUAGGGCUAGAUAUAUGUACAUAUUGCGUCAUGUGUUGGAUACCGCACAGUACGCGUUGAGUUUAAAAGAAAUUGCCAAGGCUCGCAGUCUUCGUCUUUGCCGGCGG